AUGGCCACCCCCUCCACAAUGGACCUGUCGGCCAUCACCUCGUCGGCCCAGGUGUUCACGUCGCCCCAGAAUACGCUGCUGCAGAUCCGAGCCAUCCACAAGGCCCUCCAUGUCGAGAUCGACGAUCGCGCCGCCCGCCUGCGCACCCAGGUCGGCUCCUCGUACCGCGACCUGCUAGGCACCGCCGACGCCAUCGUCCGCAUGCGCCGCGACAUGCAGCAAGUCCAGGCCACCCUCGACCGCAUGGGCGGCCGGUGCGGCCGCGCCGUCGUCGGGGCCAAGGUCGAGGGCCUGCGCCGCUUCGACUCCCCGCCCGACGCCGACGCCGACGCCGCCACGACGACGGACCGAGACCUCGCGCGAUCCCGCCGGGCGAAACCCAAGCAGAUGUCGGUGGCCGCGCGGACGAGGCUGCUCGACGCAUGCGCCCUUAGUGCCCGCCGCGUGCUGAGGGUCGGCCUGGGCCCCGCCGGGGCGGCGGCCGGUGGCCCAGGCUCCAACGGCGACAGGCUCCUCGUGGCGGCCAAGGCGCUGCUGCUGGGGCGGCUCGUGGGCAAGAGCCUGAGCGACGCGGGCGAGGCCGUCGACCCGCAGGUCAAGGCGUCCAUCGAGAGCUCGUGGAAGAGCCUGCUGGCCAGCAUCGAGGCAGCGCUCGAACGCGCCAGCGAGGCCGUCGUAGACCGCGACGACGUGCUCAAGGCGCUGUGUGCCCACAGCCUCGCGCGCAACGCCGGCGCCCGCGAGGUCCUCGGCUACUUCCUGCGCGCGCGCGGUCGCGCCAUGGCGGUCGCAUUUGAGCUCGAAGAUGACGAUGACGAUGAGGGCGGCGGGCGUGACGGCGGCCGUGGCGGCGGCGGGCGUGACAGGGGCCCGGCGGCCGUGCUCGACUGCCUGGGCCUGUACACGCGCACGCUGCUGGACGUGCAGGCGCUCGUGCCGGGCAGGCUGUCGGACGCUCUCAGGGGCCUGAAGAAGGCGGCCAUCGUCGAGGACGAGGCGCUGCUGGGGCUCGAGAGCCUCCGGCUCGACGUCACGGCCCGCUGGUGCGGCGACGAGAUCCGGUACUACAGGCCCUACAUACGCCACGACGACCUGGACGGGAAGCAGGCCCGGGAGAUGCUCGCGGGCUGGGCCGAAAAGGGUGGCGAGACGCUCCUCGGAGGCCUGGGGAAGACGCUGGGCCAGCUGCACGACUUCCGCUCCACCAUCGAGCUGCGCACGCAGGUGCUCCAGGGCUGGAUCCGCGACGGCGGCCGCGUCAGGGGGUUCGACCCCGCCGCCAUGCUCGACGGGCUGCGCGGCGCCGUCAACGCGCGCCUGCUCCAGAUGCUGGCCGACAAGGUGCACAAGCUCCGCCUGGUCGGGUCCGAGGUCUCGGCCACGCUCGACGGCUGGCACCAGGGGUCGACGGGCACCGGGGGUCCGGGCCUGUGGGACGACGACGACGACCAUGACAUGGACCUGGACCUCGCGGGCGGCGCCGCCUCGUUCACGCACGACGUGGUCUCGCGGCUGUACGGGCGCAACGACGCCGUGUCCAAGGCGGCUAACUGCUACCGGUCGUGGCACCGCGUCAUCGACGACGUCGGCGACGUGGUUGGGCAGCUGAGACGCCAGCGCUGGGACAACGACGUCGAUGAGGUCGAGGACGAGGAGACCAUCGAGCACCGGCAGCAGCUGCUCAGCAGGGACGACCCGCAGCUGCUCCACGACCGGCUGGGCGAGUGCCUGCGCGAGGCCUUUGCCGAGCUGGACGCCGAGUUUGGCAAGCUCUGGGCGGGCGUCGAGGGCGGCGGCGGAGAGCAGGCAGUUUAUUUCAUCCGCGUGCUGCGCGACGUGCGCAGCCGGCUACCCGACGUCGAGAAGGCCAAGGCGCUGGGCCUGUCGCUCAUCCCGGCCCUGCACGACAGGGUGGCCAGGACGGCCGCGCAGUCGCCGCUCGCCGAGUUCUCCGGCCGCGCGCUGACCCGGCGCACGGUCGCGGGGAGGGCGCUGUGGGAGGGCGCCGACCCGGACCUGCCCACGUCGCCGUCCCCCGGCGCCCUCGGCCUCCUGCGCGACCUGGCCGGGUCCAUGCAGGAGUCCGGCACCGACGUCUGGAGCCCGGCCGCCGUCGCCGCGCUCAAGGCGCACCUGCGGAAGCGGCUGCGCGAGGUCUGGACCGGGGCGCUGCGCCGGACGGAGCAGCCCGAGCAAGAAGGCAAGUCGGGGGACAAGACAGACGACCCAUCCAGCGACCAUGACGACGGCGGCGGCGCGGAAAAGCCCGACGGCGUCGAGGAAAAGGCCAGCAGUGGCGAGGAGGAAAAGCCCGACGGCGGAGACGCGCAAGCCGAGGACGCGCCUGCUACGGAACAGGACGACGCCGGUCGGGAGGCUCCCAUGUCGCUCGAGUCGCGGCGCGACCUGCUCGUGCAAUGGACCUUUGACAUAGCGCUCCUACGAUGCAGCAUGGGGGCCCCGCCCGACCCGUCGUCGCAGGACGAGCUCGAGCAGCUCGAGGAGGAUGUGUACCAGCGGUCCGGGCUGGAGAGCGGCGCGGCGCGCCAGCGGCUGGCGAGGUCGGCUCAAGAAUACUGGAAGCGGACGAACCUGUUGUUUGGGCUGCUGGCAUGA